CGCAGUAGAGUAGCAGCAUUCCUCGUGACGAGGAAAUCCGUUUUGGUUACGUAUAGUCUGCUCAGUAUAAUCGAGCAACAAAGUUAGUGAGUAAUUUCUACCUGUAGCUAGCUUCUGUAUAAGUCGAGGCUGUAUCAUAGCAAUGGACGCGCCUGGAAAAUGGAAACUUGGGGGGAACUUCAUGAGACAGUUCCGAGACAAAAACACGAGAGAAAUAAAGAACUUGUCCGCAGCCCAAUUUAUGGAAGUCUGGAGUCAUUACGACAAAGAUGGUAAUGGUUACAUUGAGGACAGAGAGCUGGACAAUUUCUUGACAGAGUUCGUUUCCAGCGUUAAUGUGGCAGACGUUGGUCCUGAGACAGUAUCUGAAACUAUGAUGGCCGAACUUAAAGAGUCUUUCAUGGAAGCUUAUGACGACAACAAAGAUGGAAAAAUUGAAAUUAGAGAGCUGGCCCAGCUUCUACCGCUGGAAGAAAGCUUUCUCUUGUUGUUUAGAUUUGACAACCCUCUUGAGUCCAGUGUGGAUUUUAUGAAGAUAUGGCGGGAAUACGACACUGAUGGAAGCGGAUUUAUUGAAGCAGACGAGCUAAAGAAUUUUUUGAAGGAUUUACUGAAGGAAGCGAAAAAAGAAGAGUACGAACCAGUUCAGGAAGAUAAGCUGAUAGAAUACACAGACACUAUGCUACAAAUCUUCGACACCAACAAAGAUGGAAGGUUACAGCUGAGCGAAAUGGCCAAGCUACUUCCGGUGAAAGAAAACUUCCUCUGCCGGUCUGCUUUCAAAGGCUGCAGUAAUCUGACGAGAGAGGACAUUGAAAGAGUUUUCUCGCUUUAUGACCAGGAUAAUAACGGUAAAAUUGAGAACGAGGAACUAAAGGGAUUCUUGAAGGAUUUGUUGGAUCUUAUAAAACGGGACUACGACGCCCAAGAUCUUCUAGAGUUCCAGGACGCCAUCUUGCGAGGGUGUGACUUUAACAAAGACGGAAAAAUUAACAAGAAGGAACUGACCAUGAUACUUAUGGCUCUAGCCAAACGUCCCUCAGGCGAUGAAUCAAAAUAAACCAAUCGAUUUUGUUAGAAAUUCGCUCGUUGCUGCUGGGUGGGCGUCACGCUACAUCGGACACAGCUUAGCGCCAAUCUUUAAUUUCCUGCACAAACCUAUAGUACAGAGAAUUCACAAUAUUUCUCUGUUUUGGCUUUAUUCAUAGGCUUUGAUAUCAGAUUUCUACAGUAAAAAAACAACAGUUUAAAUUGCAUUACCACACUUUUUUACCGCUCGUUGUAUAAUCUGAUGUUUAUAGCAUUGCGUUUUAAAAUCACAAAUAAAAUUUGUUAAAAGCUUAUCUAGUUAAAAAACAAAAUAAACAAAUAACUUGUCUUGAACCUACUCAAAGAAAGAUGUUGCUUCUUGUGUUGUUAUUUUCCAAGUCUCCAAAUUUCAAUUCCUGCGGCUGCUCAAUGAAAGGUUAAGUGAAUAAAACAUAGCAGAACG